CACAAGCCAGCGUAAUUUGUUGAUAUCCUCUUUGGACUGUAGUAUUGUGAGUCCGAAGCUUAGCUCUUCCGAAUUCCGAAUUAACAAGCACCGUUUGCGUCCUUUAAGAGUGGAUGCGCUAGUCAAGAGAAGGUCUACAUGACGGGCUAAUGGAAGACGCACGGGAUUUGGCUGAGCGAACCCCACGUUCAGAACGCAAGCGGAGGGAUUCGUUUGGGAUGUUAGAUGGCUACGACAGUUGUAGUGAGGAGUCCACCAGCAGCUCCAGCUCAGAGGACAGCGAGGAUGAGGUGGUAUCCUCUCUCCCUGCCACUCUUCCCAUUAUCAAGAACAAUGGCCAGAUCUAUACUUACCCAGAUGGAAAGGCCGGAAUGGCCACCUGUGAGAUGUGUGGAAUGAUUGGAGUCCGAGACGCUUUUUACUCUAAAACAAAGCGUUUCUGCAGUGUUUCUUGUUCCAGGAGCUAUUCUUCUAAUUCAAAAAAAGCCAGCAUUAUGGCGAGACUCCAGGGCAAGCCUCCGACAAAAAAGGCAAAAGUCUUACAGAAACAACCUCUUGUGGCAAAGUUGGCAGCUUAUGCUCAGUAUCAAGCAAGUCAACAGAACCAGGCCAAAUCAAAAGCUGUGGUUCCGUCGGAAAACUUUGACUGGGGCCACUACAUCUGUGUCAAUAACACGUCUGGAGCGCCAGUCAGCUGUUUCAAGCAUGCUCCCAUGGGGACAUGCUGGGGAGGUAUUGAGCAAGGGGUGAGAAUUGAGGUGCUCAACUCUGACACCAACCACUCCACCAAGGUUUACUGGAUAGCAGAAAUUGUUAAGCUGGCAGGCUUCAAAGCUCUUCUCCGUUACGAAGGUUUCGACGUUGACAGCAGUAAGGACUUCUGGUGUAACCUUUGUAUCCCUGAAGUUCAUCCUGUGGGCUGGUGUGCUUCCAGUGGGAAGCCUCUGGUCCCGCCAAAAAGCAUACAACAUAAGCAUUCGAACUGGAAAGCCUUUCUCGUGAAACGUCUCACUGGAGCUAAAACGCUGCCGCCCGACUUUAACAUCAAGGUGGUUGAAAACACGCAGUUCCCUUUUAAGAAGCUGAUGCGGGUCGAGGUGGUGGAUAAGAAUUAUCUAUGCCGGACGCGAGUCGCCUUGGUGGAGCAAGUGAUCGGAGGUCGGCUCCGGCUCGUCUACGAAGAGAGCCAGGAUGGAUCCGAUGAUUUCUGGUGUCACAUGUACAGUCCUCUAAUUCAUAAUAUUGGAUGGUCACGCAGCAUUGGGCACCGCUUUAAAAGAUCCGAUAUAACCAAGAAAAUUGAAGGUCAAAUUGAUGCUCCCCCACAGAUCUUCCAAAAGGUUAGAGAUGUGGACCAAAGUGCGGAUUGGUUCAAGGACGGCAUGAAAUUGGAAGCGAUCGAUCCCCUCAAUCUCUCAACGAUAUGUGUAGCUACUGUUCGAAAGGUGUUAGCGGAUGGCUAUCUCAUGAUUGGAGUCGAUGGUUCCGAAGCGGUUGACGGAUCCGACUGGUUCUGCUACCAUGGCACGUCGCCCUCCAUCUUCCCCGUUGGCUUCUGUGAAAUCAACAACAUUGAACUAACCUCCCCUCGAGGGUACACUAAGCUUCCAUUUAAAUGGUUUGACUACCUCAGAGAAAGUGCUUCAAUAGCUGCUCCUGUUAAGCUCUUCAACAAGGAAAUUCCCAACCACGGUUUCCAACGAGGCAUGAAGCUGGAGGCCGUUGACCUGAUGGAGCCACGUCUGGUGUGUGUCGCGACCGUGACGAGAAUCGUACAUCGGCUCUUGAGGAUCCACUUUGACGGCUGGGAAGAUGAGUACGACCAGUGGGUUGACUGCGAGUCACCUGAUCUUUACCCUGUGGGUUGGUGUCAGCUGACGGGCUAUCAACUUCAACCCCCUGCUUCCCAGAGUACCAGAGAAAUGUCUCAGUCACUACCCAAGCAGAAGAAAAAAGCCCAGCAGUAUAAAGGCCAAAAGAAAAAGAGGAAGAUUCCCGUUGGUCGGCGACCCUUCAGUCAGGCAGUCAGAAGGAGAAGCUUCUCAGGGGAUGAAGAGCAGAGUCCACCCUUUUACCAUGUCGAGGGGCCAGCUCAGCUCCAAUUCCGAACUCACCUCCACCAAACUCAUAAAUCAGACUCACUCAUGCAAAUGAAGGAGGAGAUGAUGGAGACGGAUGAGUUCAACUUUUCCCAAGGCAACUCCGAUCAAGAGAGCAACGGCUCAGGAACAUUCUACAUUAAACAGGAACCCUAAGGUCCGGGAUUGAACGGGAGAAGACUGCAAGAAGUAUGGAGAAUCAGUGUGAGUGCACAUUUUAAUCAAUGGUAAUGAAGAGCAUGGUCAGUUCCACACCUCGUGAAAAUAAUAUGGGUAUUCUCCGCAAUCAUUUCCUUGUGUGUGUGUGUGUGUGUGUAUAGUUGACUGGUGUUAUGAUCUCCCUUCUCCUGUCUGAACAUUCAACGAAGCUAUUUUUCUAAUCUAUGAACAAAUAAGAAUAAACCUUUUUCCUACGCAUUCCAUGUCAGUCGAAGGUGCUCCGAGCCUGCAUAAAAUGUCACAACGGUGUCUUGUGGUGGGUCAUUUUGAUUUUGAUUUCUUACUCCUUACUUAACCACUGAAAAUAGAAAUUCCAAGACACUUGACAUAGAAGCUGGCACAAAGAGGAAGCUUUUUUUUUUUUCUUUCCUCCCCCAUUUUCUUGGUUUUUGCUUUUUUUUUUUUUUUUUCUUUCUAACGGAUCAUUGAUGAAUAGUAGUGCUUGGAUUGUUUGUGUUUUGUCUUAAUGUAGCUUUUUUUUUUUUUUUUUUUUACACUUGCUUUUGUGGAUUUGUGGUGAAACCUUGAAUGUAAAUUAAAAUGAUUAUAGUGAUUGUUUGGUGGAAAACGUGAAAAAUAUCUGUAUUCAAGAUUUGAAUGACACUAUAGUCAUUGAAAGUACGGCAAAAAGUUGCUCAGAACUAGGGAUGCUCCCAUCAGGGUUUUACACUGCUUAUACCGACACAGAUCAUCCAUGAGCGAUUAACCAAUACCGAUAAUGUGGCUUUGUUGUAAAAUUGUCGAUCUUAGAGCUACAACUGCCAUUUUUUCUUAAAUAAUCGAUUAAUCUGAGUUGACUUACUGUUUGUGGCUCACCAUUCCCCCCCCCCCCCAGUAAAAUUAGCUUUUUGCAGAUAAUCACCAUUCAGGUUUCCAUAAAGCCUUGUAUUCCAGUUGCUGAGCUAAACUGCUACAAAGUUAGAUGCAAAUGCUAAUUUAGUUCAUGCUGGCUAGCAACAAUUUAUGUGCUUUGAAAAUAUUUCCUAGGAAUUAUCCUCCUACUUUCUUCUAGAGCCGUCUUUCUCUAGUUUCUUCUUGUUUAUAAUUUAAAAUGUCUCUGUUACUUUACAUUUUCAUUAUAGAGAUAUCAAUCACACUGUCACAACAUUCAGGUCCAAUUUAUUUAAUUUCUACAAAAAGAACGCUAGUUCAUAACCAAAUCUUAACUUCUUUAUAGAAAAUGUCUAGUCAUGCUGAUGAAUUCCUAGAUCUCGUGUAUUUAACAACUUUCUCUUCCUUCUUUUAAUUUCUUUGGAUGUGUAUUUAUUCUUUUCUUCUCCAUCACACCAAUUAUUCAUUAUUUUCCAAUUAAUACACAUGACCCCUUAGUCAUCCUAAAUUUGUUCAACUGACUAUUCAAUUGCUGUCAAUGUUCAUCCUGUAAAUAAAUCAUCCCAUAUUGUGAGAUAUAUAUAUAUAUAUAUAUAAAACAUUUAACAGCAGUUCGGAUCCAUUCCCAAACUACUAUAUUUUAUUGUUCCAACAAAUAUUGACCACUUUUAUAUUGUUCACAUAAACUGAUGUGUUGUACUAUCCUUGCACAAUCUCCAACUUUUCUCUUCUAUAUUUGAUAUUUCCUCAAACAUUUGCUCUCAUCCUGUAAAUGAAUCAAUCAUAAAAAAAAAAAUCAUAGUAUUUAUUAGCUGGCAGCAACUCAUGACAUCAUGAACAAAAAUAAUUGCACUACUGUAGUCCUGGUAAUACUGAAACAUCAGUAAUAGCAAUAUAAUUCACAAUGUUAGCCAAUAAUUUAUAGAAACAUCAACAAAAUCUAACCAGACACAAAUUAAAAUUAAGCUGCAAUCAAAUCAAGGUUUAAAAAAAAAAGUUCUGCAAAACUUACUUACGUCAGACUGUAAUAUUUAUAAAGCACAGCCAUCUUUUAGUUCACAUUGAUUUGCUUUUGGGCCAUUAUUUCCGCGACUCUUCUACCAAGGGUAAGUAUGGUUGGUUUUUAAAUAGUCUUAUUUAGGUGCAGGUUUUGUGUGUUUACGUGGCCUUUCAAAGCCCAAAUAUUGCCAAAUUUGGGUUUUGAAAGUGCAAUUUACGGCACGUGGUCAAAAUCCAUGUUUGCUCAUGCAAUGUUUUUGAUGUGACUUAAGCUACUUGAGGCUCUAUUAUUGAACUAUUGUAUAUGUAUACCUACUAGCAAUUAAAAAAAAAAAACAUUACUCUUCACCUGCCUCAGCAACACAUGAAAUAACUGACCAAGCCUAUUUCUUUGUCACUGCUGAUUUUUUUUUUUGUUAAAUAUCAUGAGGUUUUUUUUUUUUUUUUAAAUAGAGAGGUUUUAUACAGAAUUGUGAGCAAUUUUUUUUUUUUUUUUUAUCACUGACAUUGCUACAAUAUCCUGCUGAUUAUCAUAUUGUGAGGUUCAUAUCAUGAUAUUGCAUCGUGAUAUUUGGAUAUCAUUAAUAGCUACUACCUCCUGAAGAAAAUAAAGCAAGUGUGAAUCACCACACACGUGAGCAUAUGCAAAUAAAAUGACCUGGAAAAUACAUUUGGAAGAAACUAAUGUAAAUAUCUUAACUCGUAUGUAGUCAUUUGAUUGAUAUGCAAUCAGUAGGCUGCUAAAGGACAAAAUUUAAACCAUUUCUUCCAUUAUAAUUUGUUACAAAUAUGCAUAUUAUACAUAGAUCAUUUAACAGAUUUUUUGUAGUCACUUGUUACAUUUUUAUACGACAAAAACAGUUUGAAAAAGAACUAAAAUUAUGAUUUAAAUGCAUAUAUGAACGUAAAUAGCUAAACUAACAUUUACAAAUAAAAUAUUGAAUUAAAAGCACUUCCAGCAUCCUUUUUACCAUCAUUAAAAAAAAAUAAAAAAUGUACCACUUACUGGUAGUAACAUCUUGUUGUUAAAUGUGGCGGUUAGGAUUGUCAUGUUGUCAUGAGACUGAGAGAGAUACUCAUAUAUGAUAAAAAAAAAAAAAGAACGAAUGGAUGAAAUAAUUCCUAUAAAAGAUCAUUUAAGUUGAAAGGUUUGUGGUGUAAAACCUCUAUUUUGGAUACAAGUAUUAAAAUUAUAACCUGCAUAUACAACCUGAAGUACACAAUUAAAUUGGACUUGUGUGUUUUGGACAAAGGUUGUUUCUUUUUCUUAUGAUUUUGUGUUGUGAUUUAAGCUUUGAUAGAUAUUGUAAAUAAAAUAUAAUGUAUGGAUCAUCAUAUUGGUUGCAGUUGAUGUUUUCAGGUACCGCAGACCUUUUCACAUGGAUCAUUUUGUGAUUUAUUUUGUUUUUUUGGUAAGAAUUGUCUUUUACAUUCAAUAAAAUGCCUAAUGACAAUGAA